AUGGCAUUCGGUCUGGCCCUGCGCAUGGCGCUGCUGCUCCUCUCUGGGGUCCUGGCCCCCGCGGUGCUCACAGCCGAGGGCCCGCAGGAGCCCGUGCCCACCCUGUGGAACGAGCCCGCUGAGCUGCCAUCAGGAGAAGACCCCGUGGAGAGCAGCAGCCCAGCCCAGGAGCCCGCGGCCACCGGGCCCCCGGCCCCCACCGCUGCGCCGAGCCCCGAGGACAGCACCGCGCGGGAGCGCCUGGACCAG